UCGUGCGCGUGAGCCCCGUAGGGCCGGCGAGGCGCCAGCUGCCGCGCGGGGAGGAGGCCGAGGCCGCAGCUUGAGGGAGGCCCCGGCCCCUCUGCGCCUGUGUCUGGCAGAGCUGGUGUGAGACGAAGAGACAAUCCUUCCCUGCCGCCCAGAUAAUCAAGAGUUUUGGCCGGACCUUUGAGCACACACCGAGAGAGUGAGGAGCCAGACGAAAAGCACAGACUAUGGCGCUGAAACGGAUUAAUAAGGAACUUAGUGAUUUGGCCUGUGACCCUCCAGCACAAUGUUCUGCAGGUCCAGUUGGGGACGAUAUGUUUCAUUGGCAAGCCACAAUUAUGGGACCUAAUGACAGCCCAUAUCAAGGCGGUGUAUUCUUUUUGACAAUUCAUUUUCCUACAGACUACCCCUUCAAACCACCUAAGGUUGCAUUUACAACAAGAAUUUAUCAUCCAAAUAUUAACAGUAAUGGCAGCAUUUGUCUCGAUAUUCUGAGAUCACAGUGGUCUCCUGCUUUAACUAUUUCUAAAGUUCUUUUAUCCAUUUGUUCACUGCUAUGUGAUCCAAACCCAGAUGACCCCCUAGUGCCAGAGAUUGCACGGAUCUAUAAAACAGACAGAGAUAAGUACAACAGAAUAUCUCGGGAAUGGACUCAGAAGUAUGCCAUGUGAUGCAACCUUAAAGUCAGAAUAACCUGCAUUAUAGCUGGAAUAAACUUUAA